GCGCUACUUUCACGGAAACGCGGAAGUCUCUAAAUUUCCAUCACACACGUCACAUGACGCCACUGGCAUGGAAGAAUGUACCCCCGCUGCUUGAGUUAAAAUUAGUGUAAAAAGCAUUUUAAGACGUCACGUUUCUACUGUCGUCGUCGUACCGUGUUGGGCCCUCCCUGUCAUCCGGAGGGGCGGUGCUUCAUCUUCCAGAGCUGAGCCUCGGACACUGUCCCGUUUAUCUGACUUCUGUUGCUGUAGCCAGCCAUGGAGAGCUUGGAAGACACAUCAAAGCUCCAGUCGCGGCUGUCGUCCUUGUCAUUCUCGUCCUUUCCUGGUAUAACUUCCAAACAUUGUGACAGCGCCCCAUCGGACAGGCUCCAAAGCACAGACCUCUCCACGAACUUGAGCCCGUCCCCAAAGCAAGCUAAUAUGGAUGCAUCUGGGCAGCGCGAAGAGGCUAAUGAGGAGGUCCCUGCUGAGCAGGCCUCAGGGGAUCAGGGUGAGAAGAACAACGCCGAGAGCCCUCCGCUCUCCGCUGAGAGUAAAGCGGAGACGCCCCCGCUGAAACCUCCUUCAACAUGGACGUCCGCCGCCCUCAAAGAGCUCAAGGCCAAGCUACGAACGGAGAAAGACAGCAUGGUGACGGUGUAUCGGGGAGACAUCAUGACGGUUCACGUGCCCACCGUGCCGGAAGCCAAGAAGGUGUGCUGGGAGUUCGCCACGGACGGCUACGACAUCGGCUUCGGCAUCUAUUUCGACUGGACUCCCGUCACCAGCCGAGCCAUCACCGUGCACAUCAGCGAAUCGAGUGAUGAUGAAGAUGAAGAGGAGGACCUAGAAGGCCCGGUCACCAAUGGAGACGUGGAGAAAGGCUCCAAAGCGAAAACCAACUCAAACCUGGCGGAGCUCAUCCCGGUAUACCGCCAGGACAGCCAUUUGAGCGUCUACGGCGGCAGCCACGACUUCCCGGGCGACGGCACUUACCUCUUCAAAUUUGACAACUCCUACUCUCUUUGGCGAAACAAAACGCUUUACUACAGAGUUUAUUACAGUGCCUAAAAAAAACAAAAACAGCGAUUCUUUCCGAAUGUACCGUUUAAAAGAAGUAAAUGACUCUUAUGACGAAUGCUGAAGCUAUUUUAAAUGAUCUAAAAUUGAUUAUAAAGAGGUUACGUAUACUAUACUAUUUUUUACCACUCAGCUUUCGUUGCCAAAUGCAAAAUUCGAAGAAGCCUUUCAUUCGCAUCCGUGCCGUUAAAAUCUAAUCUUAACCUCCUGAGACCCAAGCUUUUUUUGUUUGUUUGUUUGUUUUUGCAGUGCAUUUUCCAUUUCUCUUUGCUAUUUAAGGCUCCUAAGCUUCAUAAUAAAACUUUAGUGUUUUUUUGUGUAUGAAGCCAUUUUUUGUGAUAAAAGAUCGAGCACAUUGGGUUUAUUAUAAUAUAAAAUAUAUAUUUGCUGCUUGGAACCACAAUGGUCAACACACAAGAUUUUAGCUUCAAACAAUAAGUGGUUUUCCUAAAAAUCAAAAGCUAACACAAAAUAUUUAAUGUUUAAUCAAUCUGUUAGCUAAUUAGCUAGUGGAUAUGGUCCAAAACUUUUUUUUAAACUUGUAACCAUUUCUUAAUCUUUCCUACUUUAUUUGAUUACACAAAUAAUCAAAUUUGACUCUUGAAAGACGAGUUGAAAAGAACCAGUGGUUUUUGGCAGCCCUUUUAAUUUUCGUCUUGGUCUUAGUUUUUGGAUGACAAUGCUUAUUAGUCUUAGUUAUAUUUUAGUCAUCUCAAAAUGUGUUUGUCUUAAUCUAGUUUAGUCGAUGGUUACUAAAAAUGUUUUUGUCUGUAAAAUGAAAAAAAAUUAAUCAUACCCACCAGGACGCCACAAACUGUAUGUAAUAAAAAAAAAAGUCUGAGAGUUUGAAAGGACGCUCGCCGUUAGCAAUAGCCUGCUGCUAACGAGAACAUGAAUGCUAUGCUAACGCUACGAGUUACAUUUAGUGUGUGAUGAUCACUCAGUACAAAGAGUUAAGGAGGACGCUCGCCAUUAGCAGUAGCCUGAUGCUAACGUGACUGCUAUGCUAACGCUACGAGUUACAUUUAGUGUGUGAUGAUCACUCAGCACAGACCUUUAAAGACUAAAGCAACAUUGCAUAUUCUCUCUUCUUGCCAAGAAAACAAGACAAAUCUUAGUGUGUGUAUCUCAAAACAGGCAAUGGGAAGACUGGAGAGGACACGGAUGGCUGAAUUGGGGGGGGGGGGGCGCAGCACAUCACAUGAGUGACACAACCUGACACACAUUGUGAACGUGUGACAAAAACUAUGGCGAAUUUUCGUCUCAUCAGACGAAAACUGGCAUUCAUGUCGUUAUGUUUUAGUCUUCCCAAGACACGUUUUUAGCUCGUUAUCGUCAUGAAAAAAAUGUUCGUUGAUGAAAUAUUUUCGUUAUAGUCAUCGUUGACGAAAACACUGGAAAUAACUAUGAAUCAAAUGAUUCCAGAUUUAGCGAACUACUUCACCCAAUCAAGAUUGUUCAAUAACCCCAAAAUCCUUGAAUGAAGAUUUAUGAGUAUUUUACUUUGCAAAUUUUAAUAAGUAGAGUCAAUUGUUUUAUGCCGCAUCAAGCUAAAGAUGUUAUUUAACAUAAAUAUACUACUUUCGUUCGGAAAACCUGGAUGUAAAGGUCCAAGGUUUUUUUUUGCUGAGCUACUGGAGAAGCCUUAAAUCUGAAGUUCAGAAUUUUUUACAUUAUGCUUAGGGCGCUUUCACACUAGCACUCUUUGGUCCGUUUUAAAAAGACCAUAGUUCUUUGUCCGCUGCGUUUUGUAAAUGUGAACGCGCUUCUGAACUCUAGUUCUGACCAAACAGACGAACUCUAGUUCGCUCAAAAAUCGUGGGUCUCGGUCCGCUUUAAGUGCACCCUGCUUCGCUUGUGAAUGCAAUCGGAGCAGGGUGUGCUUUUGCUACUUUAUGUGUCUUGUCACAGCCUGGAGCUGUGACGCUCGAGGCCAUGACGCUACAUGCAAGGCAUCAUUGGAAGCAGAAGUGCAACGCACACGCUAUUCAAAAUCAACAAUGGAACGAUGACAGACGUUUAAACAUGACAAAAUGUUGUUGCGCUGCUCAAAGCAGUUGCAUUUGAAUCGGGUUAUAUUGCGGUGGUUGUGUUUUGCAUGCUGUUGCUGAACGUACCGUGUGAGAGUGAGCGUGGCAGAGGAGGCUCUCGGGGCAGCAGUUUCAUGAAACUCGCUCUCCUGGAAGUGUCGACAAUUUGACAGUCCAAAAAUUCACAAAAGUGAGAGCGAAUGCGCGCCUGUGUACCACGUGGUUGCUUUUCGUGGUUUAAUUUUCCCCGAUGCAUUUUUCUAUAGACUCCAAUUCACUCGGCAUAGAGUCAAGAGGGAGCGACCCCGCCACUGGUUAUAGGCGACCUAAUUUAUGCUACAUUACGUACAGCGUCACACCGUGGUGCUGCAACGCUGCACGCUCCCUCCCAUCCAAGGAGGAAGGUAUUUCCUCUUCUAUUUGUCUAAUCAACGGGUGUGCCUUUGGUCCACGUGAUGGUACUUGGAAAGUUCCUUUGGCGCAGUGUGAAUGCUGAACCUUUUCAACAGGUCAUUUGCAAGUGUAGUUGCUCUCCAACUGGACCUUGGUCCUCUUAGUGUAAUGUGAAAGCACCCUUAAUCUUUGAGUUAUUCGAUUUCAACAAAUUACGUGCAGUUAUUUGUUAGUUUCAGGACUCUGGAGUGGCUAAGCUAGCGCGAGUCAACGGUCCCGUCUUAGCAUGUUAAUUAAAAAUACAACAUAUGUAUGCAUAAGAAUCACUUAUGACCAGAGGUGGGUAGUAACGUGUUACAUGUACUCCGUUACAUUUACUUGAGUAACUUUUUGAGAAAAAUGUACUUCUAAAAGUUUUGCUAAGCCAUAAUUUUUACUUGAGUAGGUUUGUGAGGAAAAAACGCUACUCUUACUCCUCUACUUUGGGCUACGCGAGAGUUACAUUUUUCCUCUUUAUUUUACGUAUUUAAAUAUUAGAUUUAUUAUUAUUUAUGCUAGUGAUGCUGCUGCCAAGAGUAGCGCUACUAAUUUCAUCAAUGAGAUGUCGCAACAAUAAUCACAUGACUGCAUUCCACCAAUCAGAUGCAAGCUUGCCGUUCCAUGAUCACGCGACUUUAAAGCACUGUAACAAAAGAAGUAGUUGACAUAGAGCGCUGCCCUCAACAUGAAUCGAAAACGCAGAUUUACAACUCUCUCCCAGUUUUUAUUUGGCACCGAUUGACCACGGAAAACCGGAGAUAUGAUCCUUUUAAUUUCAUAAUAGUCUCAAUGAAGGAACUGCAUGUUCAUUAUUCAAACUAGGAAGUAUUUUUCUCCACUAGAGGGAAGGGCACUCAUACUCUUUGGAUGAAUAAUGCUUCAUUACUGUUUUUUUUUUUUUUUUUUUUUUUUUCUGAUGAUUUUUUUCCUUUGGUCUAAUGUAGCACGUACAGUAUCAUUAUAACAACAGUUUAUAUAUAAAGUUUGCGCUUAUAGAAAAAAAAUAAGCAGUUACUCAAAAUAUGACUCAUUACUUGAGCAUUCUUUUCACUGGAUACUUUUUUACGUGUACUUGAGUACAUUUUUGGAUGACUUUUACUCGAGUAACACUCAGUAACGCUACUCUUAUUUGAGCAAAAUUUUUGGCUGCUCUACCCACCUCUGCUGAUGACCCAUGCAAUCAACAUUGUGAUGUUUUUAAGUUAUUGAAAUUGACCAAUGCAAAGUGUAGUAUGACAGCAAUAUUUGUAAUCCAGCAGCUCUGCAGGGGACAGGCUGCUGAGUGAUAUUUUUCCACCGGUGUGUUUAUGUCAUAGCCAGCAGCAAGUAACCUUAGUUUAUCUUGUUUCUUGUUCUUCAUAGGGAAUUUGCAGAAACUUUCAUUUGCCCACGUCUUCUGUUAUCACAGCGUCUAAAUGCACAUUUCACCAUGUUACCGUUCUUCAGUCGAGACUAAAUAGACUGAUGCUGCAUUCGAGGAAGGUGGAAAGUCGGGAGUUUUCCAACCUCCGACCAGGAAAAAUAUCAUUGGAACACCACUCCAACUGGGAGGCCCUGGUCGGGGAAAAAAAAAGUACCCCGACUUCACAAGUUGCUUCAAUCUGACGUCACUCGACAAAAUGGCGCUGCCUGUCAAAAUGCAGACCGUCAGUAGUAAAACUAAAGAAGGCAGUUUACAGAGUGUGCUAUUUACCUUAGUCGUCGUUUUUCGACUAUUUGAUCGCUUAUGAGAAGGCAGCUUUGCUGGAGGUCAAAAUAUCUUUUGAUGGCCAAAAUAAAAACCAACUUGUCGUGAUCAGCCAUCUUGCUGUUAACAAACGCACCGAAUGCUUUAAUGUUGCAACUGGUACUGUGGGAUAAGUCCAACUUCCCGCCUUCCUUGAAUGCAGCAUGAGCACAAGUGGCCGAAGCACUCCUCUUGAUUGUGGUCGCAAAAAAUAUUCCUGCAGAAUAAAACGAAAUACGGCACUUUGGUGUGAAAUUGUUUUAGCCGCAUGGAUAUUUGGAACAAUGAUCUGCAUUUUCACUUUAUUUGACUAUGUUAGAUCUGUUAAUAUUGUUUUUUAAUCGACAUGCUAAGAUGGGACCAUUGACUCGCGCUAGCUUAGCCAAUCCAGAGCCCGGAAGCUAACAAAUAACUGACAAAACUCCAUGGAAUUUGUUGCAAUCAACUCCACCAAUUAAUUGAAUCCCCAUUAACUCGAAGAUUAAGCCUGAUGUAAAACAAUUCUGAACUUCUGCUUUAAGCAAAUUUUUACACCAUUUUGUCAGCCAUUUAAAUAGGUGUAAAGUAGUGUAGACUGUGCUGACAACGUCCCUGAAUGUGCCAUAGUGGUCAAAGGUAUAUAAAAAAAAUAUGAUGUUAAAUGGUAUUCAUAGACUGAAAUAUUAAUGUCCUCAAAUGAGUAUGCAGGGUCUCAGGAGGUUAAAUGUCAUAACUGUGAUAUCUGAUAAGUAUAGCGGUUAUCAGGGAAGACAAGUGCUCGAAACGUGUAUUAUUUGCUGUUACUUGUAGUUGUUUCUUUCAGUUUAAGAAAUGUUAUCAAGUCUUGUGUGUCAGUAGGGGACAUAAAUCGAGAAUGUACUAAAGCAAGCGAUGGCAGAUAGCCAGAGUGCGGUUUUAUGACACAGUUUGAGUCGCUCGUUAUCACAUAAAGCUCUUAUUAUGUAAUAGUGAUUCAAUAUUUGCAUUUGCCCGGUCCCUGCCUUUAAUUUGCCGUAGUAAUGUUUCAUCUUAUAUGUAGUUUUGUGCACAUGUCUAUAUGUGAGUGAAGGUCACAGUGUUUGUUCGAUAUUUGUAAUCUGUUCAAUUCACGUGCUUUAAAGCUUCUUAUUGUUUGUGUGUUCUGUAUAUAAGUUCUGAUGAUCCUGAAAAUUUAUAUUCCACAAUAAAGAGAAUAUUGUCUAUUUGGCUGCGUGAUCGUGGCAAGUAAAGGUGUGACAAUAUAUCAAAAAGGUGAUAAAUCAUGAUACUUUGUCGCCCAAAAGCAAG